CCUGUGUAGUGUGACGCCUGUGUAGUGUGACGCCUGUAUAGUGUGACGCCUGUGUAGUGUGACGCCUGUGUAGUGUGGCGACGAACCCACCUCAUAAAACUACCUAUACCCAGUCACAAUAAGGCACAUCACCUCCUGUAUAGCAGCCAUACAUCAGUAUAUCGCGGCGUUAGGUCACACACAUCCUUUAUAUUCGUCUGGUGAUGAUUAGGAGGAGGGUGUCCUUGGGCAGGAGUCUUGUAUAGAAACGGGUGGAGGAGGAUCAGCCGAUGAUGGCGUGUGAGUGACAUUAAGAGUGCCGUGGUGUGGAGGAACUGGGUGCCUACCAGCUGUUUUAAUACAAAAAAAAUCAAUCUAGACACUAUAUCCUGAAGUGCUUCCAUGUUAUCAAAGUGUUGAUGGUGAAGGAUUAACCAAAGUUAGUUUGGUGUGUUCGUUACCUGUGAGGUGUGUUAAUUAACGAACACAACAGAAGGUCGAACACAAGGUUCUCUAGUCGUGGUGACAGAAAGACUUUGGGGGAAAACAGACAAACUAGACCACCAAGAUGCCGAAGAGGAAGAUGUCAGUGAGCGCCCUGUUGGUGGACGUGCGCAAGAAUAUUUCAAGGAAGAUGACCAUCCACGAUCCUUCCACUGUGGCGACGCUCGUCCAAUCGCUGACGCUGCAGAACCCGUUGCUGCAUCACCUGAGCGCGGAGGACCUGAGCACGAGGCGCGAGAGGGCCAGCUCGGUGCCACCUUCCUUCAGGAGCUCCGAUGCCAGCGACCAGUUCACCGAAGGGAGCGAGGACCACCACCACCGCUCGGGGGACACCUCCGACACAGACUACUCCAUCAGCGACGGGGAGGAUGAGUACCUGCGAGAGUACUGGAAGGAGCAGACUGGAGGUGACUAUCAACAUGUAUUGAUAAACUAUUUUUAA